AUUUCCCCAUUAAUUUUUAGUGAUUUGACUAAGGACGCCUAAAAGUUAGGGUUUUAUAUAUGGCGCAAGAUUAAGAAAACCCUAGAAAGAGGGCAGUCUAAAUUCAUAAAACAUCCCCUUCCCGUCUUCAGCCGGAGGUAAGUCAUGGUUAAGCAUAACAACGUUGUGCCAAAUGGGCACUUCAAAAAGCACUGGCAGAACUAUGUGAAAACCUGGUUCAAUCAGCCAGCAAGAAAGGCUAGAAGAAGGAUUGCAAGGCAAAAGAAGGCGGUAAGGAUCUUUCCAAGACCAACUUCUGGACCUCUUCGCCCAAUCGUCCAUGGCCAAACUUUGAAGUACAACAUGAAGUUGAGAGCUGGCAAGGGUUUCACUCUUGAAGAGCUUAAGGCUGCUGGUAUUUCAAAGAAACUUGCACCUACCAUUGGUAUUGCAGUCGAUCACCGUCGUAAGAACAAGUCCCUUGAAGGUCUUCAAGCCAAUGUUCAGAGGCUUAAAACUUACAAGGCCAAACUUGUUGUCUUCCCAAGACGAGCUCGCAAGUUUAAGGCUGGUGAUUCAACUGCUGAGGAGCUUGCAACUGCAACCCAAGUCCAGGGAUCAUACAUGCCUAUUUCUCGUGAGAAGCCUUCCGUGGAGCUUGUGAAGGUCACAGAGGAGAUGAAGUUAUUCAAGGCCUAUAACAAGCUUCGUGUGGAACGUACAAAUGAACGACACAUUGGUGCCCGAUUGAAGAAAGCUGCUGAGGCUGAGAAGGAAGACAAGAAGUAAGGUUGCUUUCUUUGAGGACUAUGUUUUGGUAUUUGACUUGUUAAAGACAUUAGUUUUUGUUUUUGGAUUGUCAGGUGAGUUUAAAGCCAGCUUUAGUUAUCUUUUCAUAUUUUGUUCAAAAUCCUGUUUUUGAGCCAUUUUUUUUAUUGAGAAGUUUCUUCCAACUCCUUAACAUGGUAUCGGCGUUAUGAAACUAAAAA